GACUCCCGAAGGCCCAAACACCUGGGGGCCUCAGCUCAAUGAGGGAGUUCGUCACUGUACCCUAGUUUAGCGCGCCUAAGUCCCAACGGUUCAUAUUCAUUACAUCACACUCCUUGUGGCCUACCAACAGGCAUAACGUCGAAGCCCCUUCCCUCCUCCGCUCACCUUCCUUUCCAAGUUCUAACAUUUCCGGCGGUGGCCUAGAAAGGGGACACAACCAUGGGCCGCGACCGUCGUACCGAGACAACCUUCUUACAAGAUUUACUCUUAUAUGCAGCCAGUGCCUCUUUAAGUUGCCUGGUCCUAUUCGCCGGCCUCAAACACCUAGACCUAAAUCGUGAAUCCUCCAAGAAAUCCAUUGAAAACAAAAAAGCCAUCUCCAAACGCCUCGGUCGCGCCUUCAUCCACACCAACCCCUACGAGGAUGUGAUAGCGGGUGAUGUGGUGAAUCCAGACGACAUAAAAGUUGAAUUCCAGUCGGUUGGUGGGUUUGAUAGAAUCAAAGAAGCAUUGUACGAGCUGGCUAUUCUUCCUCUUAAAAGGCCAGAGCUUUUUGCUUAUGGCAAACUUUUGGGUCCCCCAAAAGGGGUGCUUUUGUACGGACCACCAGGGACAGGGAAAACCAUGCUUGCCAAAGCCAUUGCUAAAGAAUCCGGGGCUGUCUUUAUCAAUGUUAGAGUUUCUAAUUUAAUGAGUAAAUGGUUCGGUGACGCCCAAAAACUAGUGACUGCUGUCUUUAGUUUGGCUUAUAAGCUACAGCCGGCUAUUAUAUUUAUUGAUGAAGUGGAAAGUUUUCUGGGGCAGCGACGAGCCACGGACCAGGAGGCCAUGUCUAUCAUGAAAACUGAGUUCAUGGCCUUGUGGGAUGGUUUCACCACUGAUCAGAAUGCUCGAGUUAUGGUACUGGGUGCAACCAAUCGUCCAACAGAACUUGAUGAGGCAAUACUUAGGCGUUUUUCUCAGGUUUUUGAAAUCGGAAGACCUGACUGUAACGAUAGAGAAAAGAUAUUGAAGGUGAUAUUGAAGAAUGAGAGAGUGGAUGACAAUAUUGAUUUUGACCACAUAGCUAGGCUGUGUGAAGGUUACACUGGUUCAGAUUUGCUUGAGCUCUGCAAACAAGCAGCAUAUAUUCCUCUCAGGGAUUUCUUAAGUGAUGAGAAGGCUGGGAAGAAACGUCAAGUUCCAAGACCGUUGUCACAGUUGGACUUGGAGAAAACUUUAGCUACUUCAAAUAAAACAAGUAUUGGUAUUGACGAGCACAAUGGGUAUAGCUCUUGUUCAUCAGCAUAAGUUGAAUGCAGUAUAGAUAAUUAUAGGAUCAAGAUGUGACGGAGCACAUGAAAUUUCGAUGUUCUGAAUUACUAAUUUUGAGUUGGAUGCCUAAGCCUCUGUAAACAUUGCUGUUGAGUUAGUGUAUCUGUACUCAUGAUAUUCAUGACAAUAUAGUUAAGAGAAUUUAGGCAUGUGAAAUGGCUGUUUAGUUCGAUUUUGACUAGCAGUCAUUGUUUUGAAA